AUGUCCAACAUCCCAAUCAGCGAUGACCUGUCGAAAGCCUUUCAAGAAGCCGACGCAUCCGUCCGUGCGAUUCUCGUCCAGAACGAUGGUGGUUUUCUCAAACUUGUCCAAUCCGCCCCACCUUCUAGCCCCGAUGUGAGCGACAAGGACGACUUCCUUCCUGUCCUAGCCAAGCUGUUCGCCAAUGACCCGCAACGGAGCGGAUAUGCUCUCUAUCGUCUCGACUCACAAUCAGCCUCGGGCGAUUGGGAAUGGCUCUGCUGCUCAUACCAACCUGAUGGAGCCAAGAUCAAGGAAAAGAUGCAAUACGCCAUCACACGGUCCUCUCUCAUGGCUGGCCUAACAGAACGAAACUUUCUGGAAACCAUCUUCGGUGCUACUCCCCGGGACUUUCUGUGGCCUAGCAAGUUACGAAACAGUAGAAAGCACGACUAUCAGAAUCCACAGCCCAAAAUAGCAGGUGUUGCUGCAAGUGAAGCUGCUGGAACAGGUGUCGGUGGUGCACGAAGAAACUUUGGCUCCCUCGGCAAGGCCAACACGUUGCGAUCAGAGGAAGAGUCAAGCAGCAACGGUUCGGACCUGGGUGCUACUUCCGGUGUGACAGGCGUUAGCAGUAACCAAGAGACCGAAGAGGGACGGCCUAAGCCAGUGCCUGAAUCGGAACAGCCAAGAUUGACUUGUCCACCAACACCCAAACGAUAUAACUCGCACGAAUUGACGAUGGCAUUCAAGAGUCCUUCCCCUCCUGCAACCGAGAUUGAAGCUUUGGCGGAUCAGGAGAAGGUUCAGCAGCAGAACAGCCAGGACGACGAUGCAGCGGCGAGCUCGGAGAAUGCCAAGCAGUUUGUUGCAGAAACGAAAGCACCUGAGGAACCUUUGACUCAAGCUGUUGCCGCAGGCAGGAACGAGAAUCUCUGGCAACCUACUGUGCCCUCAAACUCGACACUGACUGCAGGCGCAAGUGUCGCUUCAGCAGAUGAUGGCAACGAGCGGGAAUCGAAAGUCACGACUGCGGAACAGGAGUUGGCCGAAACAAAGGCAGCUCAAGAACCACGCACCCCUUCCGCCCAAGAAGGAGGAAAGCUGUCUCAGCCGACGCUGCCCACUUGGCUCGAUCAAGCGAGCUUGGAAGAGAAGCCACAGGAGAAGAGCAGCAUUUCGAUCGGUUCUGGUACAGGUCCUAGCAAGAGCGGCCUGACAGAGCGCGAGGAGGAGCUGGCCGAGUUGCGCAGAUUGCAGGCUACGGAACGAGCUACCAACACACGCACCUCUGCUGGUGGCGCUAGCGGCAGUGGGCCCGAUGUAGGAUUCAAAUGGGGUGAUGGCGUUCAAGAGUCAAUUCAGGGUCUUGCCUCAACUGCAUCCGGCACUUCAGAAUGGAAUCUUGUUGUUCUGGCCAUCGAUCUUCGAAGCGAGACCGUCGAACUCGAGUGUCCACCUCGCUUCAUUCCUCCUGCAGACCUGCCUUGUGCCCUGAGCGCCAACGACCCCCGCAUCGCGUUUUACAGAUUGGACGAUGCAGGAUUGCGCACAUCAGGCGAGAGCGUGGUAGCAAUGCUCUAUUGCUGCCCCGCUUCCAGUGGUGUCAAGGCAAGGAUGAUUUACUCGAGCAACGUUCUUACGAUCUUGAACCAUGUAAAAGGAUUCAGUGGUAUGCGUGUGGUCAAGAAGCUAGAGGCUUCGGACAGGGAUGAUUUCACUCAUGCUUACGUGACGGGCGAGAUUGAGGAGGUGUUGGCUCAGGAAAGGCACAAGUCUGCUGGGACUGGAUUUGACACUGCUGUUGGUGGAGAGGCGCCUAUCAACGUAGCGAAAGCGGAGGGCGGGGGUUUCUCGAGGCCGAAGAAGGCUGGCGCUUCGAGUCGACACUAA